UCUGUCUAAGUUUUUUUUAACUUAAGACCAAAUGAAUAACCCCAAUUCCCAAACAAAUACACUUAAAGCCCAAAAAAUCUCUCCCGUUAGAAGGAACAAAAACAAAACAAAUAGCCAAACACUUGUCUCUGCUAACGUUUGCAUUCUCGCCGGUUCUUGUUAAUGGGGGCUCUCCGUCGCCGCCGGCGUCUCUUUAUCUUCGCUGCACUCGCCACAUUUGCUCUCCUCCAUGUCUUUUUGGCCGUCUCCAAAGUCUCCGCCGUUGGAUGGCUUGGUCAAAGAACCGAGUCGGAUUUUCACGGUCAUUUUACGGGGAAUAAGCGGUUUGGCGGACUUGGUUCAUCACCACCGACGUGUAGAUCGAAGUGUGAGAAGUGUCAGCCGUGUAAACCGGUUCACGUACCGAUACAACCCGGUAUGAGCAUUCCAUUAGAGUAUUAUCCUGAAGCUUGGCGGUGUAAGUGUGGCGACAAGCUUUUCAUGCCCUAGAUUGUUACUUAUUUAGACAAAAAAUUAUUUAAAAAGUGUUUUAAUGCUUCUUGUUUCUUUUUUUCAUUUGUCUCGCCCUUCAGUUUAGCUGAUUAAUUAGUGUUAUCAAACUUUUGUGUUAAUUGUUAGUAUUAAAAUAUUAGUCUCUAGGAAGGCAACUUUUGUUGUGAUAUUACCGAGAGAGAGAAAGAAAGUCAUCAUUUCUUACCCAAUGACACUUGCUC